ACGCAUCUCCCCGUCUGAGGACGACAAUAUGGCGGUCUCCUUGCGCCUGGGUCAUCAGGGAGUGUUAUUUGGCCUCAGGUUGUCUCAGUUCAACAAAUUGUUGUGGCCCAGACAGCCGUGUCAGGACCGCGUGAGAUUUUUCUUUCAGUCGCCAUGGGUGCUCGGUGUCAGUCCACUCAAAGUGGAAAUGCCAGCCCUCUCCCCCACCAUGGAGGAGGGGAACAUAGUCAAAUGGCUGAAGAAAGAAGGUGAGCCGGUGGUAGCAGGCGAUGCCCUUUGUGAGAUUGAGACCGAUAAGGCGGUGGUUACCAUGGAAUCCAGCGAUGAUGGUGUUUUGGCAAAGAUAUUGAUGGAAGAGGGUAGUCGCAAUGUGCGCCUUGGUACUCUCAUUGCCCUCAUGGUGGAAGAAGGGCAGGACUGGAAGCAGGUUGAGAUCCCCCCUCCAGAUGCUCCCUCUCCAUCUGCCACAGAUACUGGCAGUGCCUCAACGAUGACCCCUGCUUCUCCAUCUCCAAGCCCUUUGCCAAAACCAAUAACAUCAGGGCUGUUACGUUUGAGUCCAGCAGCGAGACACAUUUUAGGCACCCAUGGCAUUGACCCAAAGUUGGCCACACCCACAGGGCCAAGGGGACUGAUCACUAAAGAAGAUGCAUUGAACCUUUUAAAGAAGUUACCAGCCUCAGAAGCAGCACCGGCUGCCAUGACGACAGCAGCCCCAGUUCCUACCCCAGCAGACCCCAUUCCCCCCCCAGGCAGCAGACCCAACAUCCCUCCCGUAUCUGUCCCUGGAAAACCAGGAGCACCAGGCAAUUUCACUGAGAUCCCUGCCACAACUAUCCGUCGAGUGAUUGCUCAAAGACUGACCGAGUCGAAGACUACAAUCCCACAUGCAUAUGCUUCCAUAGACUGUGACAUGGCUGCUGUCAUGAAGCUCCGCAAAGACCUCGCCAAAGAUCAGAUUAAAGUGUCUGUUAAUGAUUUCAUUAUCAAGGCAGCUGCUGUUACACUUAGAGAUAUGCCGGAAGUAAAUGUGACGUGGUCUGGUGAUGGACCUCAUCCACUAGAUUCAAUCCAUAUCUCAGUGGCUGUUGCUACUGACAGAGGCCUCAUCACACCAAUCAUCAGGGAUGCUGCUAACAAAGGAGUGCAGGAGAUCUCAGCCACUGCUAAGGUGUUGGCCCAGAAAGCUCGAGACGGUAAACUACUGCCUGAGGAGUACCAGGGAGGCUCGUUCAGUAUAUCUAACCUAGGCAUGUUCGGAAUCAGUGGUUUCAGCGCCGUGAUCAACCCUCCUCAGGCCUGCAUCCUCGCCGUUGGCACUUCCAGGACUGAGUUGCAACUAAAUGAAGAUGACCAGACGCUGCGCACGCAACAACUGAUAACUGUUACGUUGUCCAGUGACGGGCGGCUAGUGGAUGAUGAAUUAGCAUCCCGGUUUCUUGAUAAGUUCCGUGCCAACCUUGAGAAACCACAGCGAAUGGCCCUUGCCUGAUAGAAAAACAUAACUUUUAACAUUGUCUUGUUUAAGGCUUACAAGGUGGUGGUGUUCAUAAUGUAAACUGACUGGUUACCACCCAGUUGAAGUGGACUUCUGAAUUCAUGUUAACACGAUACUGGCAUCUGUCUUAAAUAUUGUUGAUUAGGCAAGUUAUCUACCACACAAUCAUUUUAUAUAAAAGGCUCAAUAAGUUUUAAAUACCUCUGUUCCAGGCCUGUGUCAACAAUUAUAAACCUGCAAACGGUCCAACCUCAAAAUGUCAAAAAUUUGUCAAUAUUUAUUACAGAAGAUCUAUUGCAAUGCAGUUUAUGCUAUGGUUAAAUCCAUGAGCUGUUGUUGCUAAAUUUACCAACAUACUAAGUUGUUAAUGUUUCCUUUCAAUAUUUAAAAUAAUUAUCACUGACAAGUUCUUUUAGUCCAUAUGUAUUUAAACUAAGGUGUUGGUGACUUGUGUCAAUAAAACACUGUUCAACCUUUA